AUGCCGCCCUCACCGGCCCACGGCGGCGGGCGUGCCCGCCCUGCGCAUGGCCGCGCGCGGCAGCGGCGGCUUGCUGGGCCUCACCCGCGCCUCGUCCCCGCCAGCGUCGCAGCCUCCUGGCCGCGUGGCUCGCCGGGCGCGUCGCCAGCGUCCCUUGUGGGCGCGCGCUUCCCGCGGCUCGCCGGCCCACGUCCGCCCCCACCAGCGUGGCCGCGCCUCCUAGCCGCGCGCUGCGGCGGCGGCGGCGGCUGGCCGGCUCGCCGGCCCGCACACGGGCGCGCCCGGCCCCGCCGGCGCCUGGCCGCGGCUUGCCGGCCCGCAGCCGCGCGCGCUUCCCGCGGCUCGCCGGCCCGCGUCCGCCCCCACCAGCGUGGCCGCGCCUCCUGGCCGCGCGCUGCGGCGGCGGCGGCUGGCCGGCUCGCCGGCCCGCACACGGGCGCGCCCGCCCCCGCCGGCGCCUGGCCGCGGCUUGCCGGCCCGCAGCCGCGCGCGCUUCCCGCGGCUCGCCGCCCCGCGUCCGCCCCCACCAGCGUGGCCGCGCGCUGCGGCAACGGCGGCUGGCCGGCCCGCGCCCGCCCCCACCGGCGCCUGGCGCGGCUCGCCGCCCCCGCCUGCGCCUGA